ACUCGGAAGCCGUGAAUGCCCGUUUGCUCGCGGUUGUCCGCUGACCAUUCCUCUCCUUUCCCAGCUGACACUGGCACGUGUUUCUCGUACCUAGGAAAAGAAAUGGACAUGUGAAGUCGUCGCAGAAGUUUCACCGAGCCGUGAAUGAGACGAGGCACUGACGAUGAGUGGCGCUUAAUCAAACCGAUCCACCGAGUGCGCAUAUUCAGCGGGAAAUUAUACGGAGGCCGCCGCCGUACCAAGGCCCGUGCAUCGGGCUUCAUCGGGGUCCAAAAGUCUGGCACUGUCCUCUGCAACUGUGGUUUUCUUGAAAAAGUUGUACUAUGAAGGGCAAUGGAUGCUCUCAACGUUCUCGUAGCGUCAACAGCGAAGCCGGUAGCGCCAUCACAGGGCGACCUCCUCCGAUACGGCGGCGGCCACGUUCUGGCACGGCUGCCGUGCGGUGUCCUACGCGCGCCCUGACCUUGACAGCCUUGUUUACACUGCUGCCCUUGGUCCUCCUGCUGGCCCACCAGGCCGCUUCACAAGAGGAGGACGUCGCGACGACGUCUACAACGACAGCGACAACGACAGCGACAACGACAGCGACAACGACAGCGACAACGACAGCGACAACGACGACGACAACGACGACAAAGAAACCAAUGCCCACAAAUACGCGCGAGAAAGGCCUCGCCAAACAGAUCUGCAAGGGCACGGAGAAGUUCACCAACACCAUCAACCUGCUGCUAACGUUCGGCAAGAAAGUACUCGAAGAUCCGAGGCCGCUCAAGAUCGGCGAGCGGCAUGGCCUGAACGUGACCAUCAACGGACUCGACACCCUCCAGCUCCGCGGUACAGCUCAGACCUUCUGUAACGAAAGCGUGGCCGAAGCGGUGCUACCACUCAGGCUGUCGCCUUCGAUAGUGCUGCACCGCAGGCGAUCCAUCCGGUUCCGUGAGUCGAACAGCGACAAGAACGUCUCGUACACACUCGCCGGUCUCGAGAUGGACGUCGGCGUGCGAGUAAACAGGAAAGACCCGGACCGACACGUGGAGAUUACGUCGGUCGACAUCGUGGACGUGGACGCAAUCGAGAUCGAGGUGAAGACGUUCGCGCCAAUCUCGGGCAGGCCGGUCACCUUGUUCAUGGAGCGACCACCGACAGCCGUUAAGCUGGCCAUGCUUAGGCCCCUCAUUCAGUCCGGCUUGCAGAGGAUGAUCGACAGCGGAGGCUUUAAGUUAUCGUCCUAAUAAAAACGUCGUUUUCUUUGUAGCGUUA